AUGAGCCUUAUGCGCCAGAAAGCUUGUCACGUCGAAUGGAUGAAGUACUGCGUCGGAAAAAAACGCGUUUUUUCCGAAUUCUUGAGUAGUUGUGAUUUUGGCGGCUCUCCUCACGAGGACAUCAUACUGGAAAAACUAGGCAUUCUUUCUCAGUGCAUGUCCAAAUUAAGAGGUUAUGAGAUCAAGCCACAAAGUCUUCGUCAAGUCUCUACGUUAUUCAAAAGCAGUUUAGCAAACCAGAUUCAUAUAUCUAGCCGCCUUAAAUGUAUGGUUCAAGACUUAGAAGCGCUACUUCCUCGCUUGAAUUCUGUUUGCGAGUCGAUGAAAAGGAUAUCCGAGUUGCCACAGUUACUCGGGGAAGUGAAGACUGCUGACAUGAAGAUCCUCUCGGAUGCCGUCGAAAGCUUCAUUUCUGUCCCAUCAUUAUCGGCAAAUACGGUCACUUCUACACUACCUGAAUUCUACGACCCCUUAAAUAUUGAGAAGCUUAGGUUGGAUGCGUCCCUGCUUCGUGCACAAGUAGGACAAUUGGAAGAGAAGCUUAGCUAUUUCGGAAGUCUUGAUAUGGAUCCGGAGGUCGCUGCAAGCGAUGUAAUCAAUACGGAAGCCGAUCUUUUACAGAUGCAAAAGGGCAAUGACCUGGCUCAUGGCCUUUCGGGUUGGAAAUAG